AUGGAUCGUCAUUGGAUAAAUAAUCUAGAUAGGUUGUCAUUAGAAUAUACUACUGGUGUCAAUGUAUUCAUAGAUACUGCAAAGAAAUUCAUAGAUUCUAAAGGGAUGGUGUUGUGCCCUUGUCGUCGAUGUGUAAAUAAGCAAUCACAAUCUUUGCGGGUGAUCAAGCUGCACUUGAUUACUCAUGGUUUUCUGAGUACUUACACUAAAUGGUACCACCACGGUGAGAGAGCAGAGGAAGUACAAAAUGAAGAGUCACUUGAUAGAGAGGAUGUUGAUGAUCAAAAUGAUGAUUUGGCUAGAGGUCUACAUGAUGCUAUUGGUAGUGAGUACUUUGACAUUGGUCCAACCAGUGAUUUCACUAAUAGUGAAUUUCAACAUAAUGCGAGUGAUAAGUAUGUUGCAUUAUUCGAGUCCCUUCACAAGCCUUUAUAUGAAAAUUGUAAAAAUAAUUCUGUCUUAAGUGUUGUGGUAAAGUUGAUGAAUUUGAAGGUGAUUAACAAAUUGACAGAUAAAGCAUUUGAUGACCUUCUAAAACUUUUGAAAGAUAUAUUACCUGAUGGUAAUCAUUGUCCGAAUGACUAUUACCAGACAAGAAGGCUUCUUUGUGAAGUAGGCUUAGGAUAUGAGCAAAUUGACGUUUGUCAAUAUGAUUGUGCAUUAUUCUACGGUGAGAAUGCAAAUGCCUUAUUCUGUCCUAUAUGCAAUUCCAGUCGUUAUGUAAGGAACAAAAUUCCACAUAAGCGAUUAAGAUGGUUUCCAAUCAAGGAUAGACUUAAGCGAUUGUUUAAUUCUAAGCAUACUUCUAAAGAUAUGCGAUGGCAUAAAGAGGUACGCAAAGCAGAAGAUGGAAUAUUGCGUCAUCCCGCUGAUGGUUUGGCUUGGAAGCAUUUUGAUGAACUAUACCCCGAGUUUGCAGCAGAUUCAAGGAGUGUAAGGAUGGGUUUGGCAUCUGAUGGAUUUAACCCUUUUUCUAACAUGACGUCAACCUAUAGUUUGUGGCCAGUGAUAUUAAUUCCAUAUAAUAUGCCUCCUUGGGCUACCACAAAUGGAACAAACUAUCUCAUGUCUUUGUUAAUACCAGGUCCAAAAUCACCUGGGAAAGAUUAUGAUGUGUUCUUAAAGCCACUCAUUGAAGAGCUCAAAGAACUAUGGGAUGGUGUUGAGGCGUAUGAUUCAUAUGGGGAAUGUUCAUUUAGACUUCGAGCUGCACUUUUGUGGACAAUUAGUGAUUUUCCAGCUUAUGCCUAUUUGUCGGGGUGGAGUACUGCUGGUAAAUUAGCAUGUCCGGUGUGUUUGGGAGAUACAAGAUAUAGAAGAAUAACUGACAAACAAUGUUUCACGGGACAUCGUUGUUAUCUAAAUAGAAACCAUUCCUGGCGAAGAAGUAAAGAAUAUGACGGAUCUACUGAAUUACGUGGCCCCCCUAGAGAUUUUACGGGUGAUGACAUUUUACGCCAGUUAGAUGAAGUUCCUAUUCAUACAACUGGUAAGGCACCAAAUAAUUCUUCUAGAAAACGUAAGCGUGGAGAGAAUGAGCUAAAUUGGUGUAAGAAAAGUGUAUUGUUUGAGUUGCCAUAUUGGUCAAAACUCUUGUUGCGUCACAAUCUUGAUGUGAUGCAUAUAGAGAAAAAUGUUUGUGAUAACAUUAUUGGUACACUUUUGGAUAUUGAAGCUAAAUCUAAAGACAAUUUGCAAGCUCGUAAAGACUUAGAAAACUUGAAGAUUCGUGAAGAGCUUUGGCUAACGAAAUCGUCUUCUAACAAGUUUGAAAAACCUCACGCUAGUUAUACUUUGACAAAAGAAGAAUGCAAGGAUUUUUGUCAAUUUAUUCGAACUGUUAGAUUACCAGAUGGAUAUGCCUCCAAUAUAAGUCGAUGUGUAACAGAUAAUGACAAAUUAGCUGGAAUGAAAACUCAUGAUUGUCAUGUCUUACUGCAUAAGAUAUUACCAGUUGCAUUACUACCUUUUUUGACAAAGACUAUUCGUGGCACUUUGAUUGAACUAUGUCAAUUUUUUCAAAAAAUUUGUGCAAAAACUAUAAAAACUUCUGACAUUGAAGAAUUGAGAGAAGGAAUUGUUAUAAUCUUAUGUAAGUUGGAGAAGAUAUUUCCCCCAUCAUUUUUUACUAUAAUGGUCCAUCUUUGUGUGCACCUACCAAAUCAAGUGUUAUUAGGUGGUCCAGUUACUUCGAGAUGGAUGUUUGGCACAGAACGCCACAUGGGUUUGUAUAAGCGAUAUGUGAGAAACAUGGCGCGACCUGAUGGUUCAAUUUCUGAAGCUUUUGUUGUAGAUGAAGCUGUAACUUUCUUGUCAAGAUAUGUAUCCAACAUAGAGACAAGACUCACAAGGCCAGAGCGUAAUUGGGAUUCACCUUCUACAAAUCACACUUUGGAUGUUUUCAACUCUAAUGUUCGUCCAUUAGGUGCAUCAUCUGUCGAGUUGUUACGAAAUUGGAGAAAAGUCACUCAUUGUGAACACAAAAAAUUGUUAGAACAAAGAGGCCUUUCAGAAUCAGAAAUUACAAAUCACCAAAAAGAAGAAUUCUUGUCUUGGUUUAAAACAAAGAUUUCUCAAAUGCGAGUACAAAAAUCACCCCUUGUCAAUGAUGAUUUAUACUCUAUAUCUCAAGGUCCAAUAGAACGAUACAAUAGUUAUCAAAGUUGUAUUGUGAAUGGUGUUCGAUUUCGAUGUAAAAAGCGUGAUGACACUCUUCAAACACAGUGUUCUGGGGUUUGUACUGAAGGUGAUCAUGACAAUGAAUAUAUCACAUAUUAUGGAGUUUUGAUUGAGAUUUUACAAUUGUCAUUUCUUUUCGAUCGAAAAGUGUACUUAUUUCGUUGCAAGUGGUAUAACUCCAAUCCAAAGGGUAGAUUCCUGCAGGUAGAACAUAAUUUAACAUCCAUCAACACAUCUAGUGAUUGGUAUCCUGAUGAUCCAUUUAUUUUGGCAUCUCAAGCGCAACAAGUUUUCUAUUUGCUUGAUAUGAGUCGUCGUUUAAAUUGGAGAAUUGUUCAAAAAGUUAAUCAUCGUUCAAUUUAUGAUAUUCCUGAAGUGUGCAAUACUCAAAAUGAUUCAUUAAAUAAUGAUGUCUUCCAAGAGGAAGAAUCAUUUCAGUUGCCUCCUUUUCGACCUACCGAGGACUUGAUUGAAAGUUCUUCUUUGGUUCGACAAGAUGUUGCACCCAUAACUCUUUCAGAUAAACUCGUUAUUGAACUGAAUAUGAAUAACCAUAAUCAAUCAAUGAAAAAUCGAGAACAAGAUGAAGAUUUUGAUGAUGGAACUAUCUUCUUCAAUAAUGACAUUAUUUACUCAAGUGAUAAUGAAAUGAUUUGCUCAGAUGAAGAGAUUUCUGAAAUGGAAUUCGACCAACAUGGGGAAUCCUAA